AUGUUUUUUUCGCUGUCCUUUUUGCUUUGGGCUGUUACCAUCUUCCUGCUGGCAACAGCUCUCUUCAGAUAUCGCCGUCUAUCUUCAGUUCCAGGCCCUUUUUUGGCAUCAUUCACGGACUUCUGGCGGUUCUCCGUCACGCAGUAUGGCGGAUUCUCCCAAAGACUCAAGCGACUGCACGACCAGUAUGGACCACUGGUGCGAAUUGGUCCCAAUACCGUCAGUGUAUCUGACCCUGCCGCGGUUCCUGUGAUCCAUUCGAUGCACGGAGAGUUCAAAAAGUCUUAUGCAACUCUGAGGGCUUUUGUAAACGGUAAGGUCAUCGGGACCGUCAUCGACAUCUUAGACGAGGGCGAAGUGUCAGCUCUCAAACGUGCUGUUGGAAGCGCAUUUGCAACCAAGAACUUACUGGAUUAUAUGCCUGAUAUCGACCACGCUGUCGAGACACUCGUUCAGGUGGUUCGAAAAUCCCGCGUGGUACCACUUUUCGAUCUGAUGCAGCAAUUCCAAGUCGACUUUCUCAUGAAGGCAGCUUUCAGUAAAAAGACUGAUUAUCUGGCCACUGCACGACCAGCAGGGCCGAUCUCGGCCUAUCCGCGACUGUUGCAUUGGGGACGUUGGCAGAGUGUGCCUGUCCUCGAGAGACUCCUUUUCAAGUCUCCUCUCUGCUGGGCAUGGUACAGCAGACGGGCAGCAAAACCUCAGGCGUGGACGGUUAUGGCCAUGGAAGAAUUCAACAAGCGAAAGGAAAAGGAGCCAAAAGGCUUUAGGAGCGAUGCUUGUGACAAAUCCGACCUCAUGGCGAAAUACCUGGACGGAUGCAAUCGACAUAAGGACAGCGUAUCUGAGGAAACCAUCUUGAGAAUGGUCUCCAGCACCCUCGCUGCGGGGUUUGACACUUCGGCCUUCACCAUGACGGCAAUCAUCUAUUAUCUCCUCAAGUACCCAGAAGCCAUGAAGAAGUUGCGCUAUGAGAUGGACGAAGCGCUCAACGGAGGUCGACUUUCGGCGCAACCAAGAUUCGUCGAGACGGAUAAGUUGAGCUAUCUCGCCGCAGUCAUCAAGGAGACCAUGCGCAUGCAACCGUUCGUCCGAGUCCCGUUGGAACGAGAAGUACCUCCCGAAGGUGCCGAGAUUGCUGGGCAAUUCCUGCCCGGCGGCACGACGGUGGGUGUAUCGGUCUGGAACACGCAUUUCGAUCGUGGCGUCUUUGGGAAGGAUGCCGACGAGUUCAAGCCCGAUCGCUGGCUCGAGUGCGACGACGAGCGUCGAUUCAUGAUGGAGAGGUCUGUGCUUGGAUUCGGAGCCGGCAAGCGUAUCUGCAUUGGCAGACAUAUUGCCGAAAUGGAGAUGAAGAUGGUGAUUCCAAGGAUCCUGCUCGAGUUCGAUUAUAUCCCUAUCAAAAGCCCGCGCGCCUCGCUGAUCUGGACAUUAUUCUGA